CCCUGCAGAAAUUAUUGUGAGGCUUCAGUCAUGAUACUGUGGCUGCCAUCUUGACUUUUUGACUCCUUCACUGAUUAUGGAUGAGUCUUUGUGCAAAAGAGAUUUUGAUUCGAAUAUAGGUAUCCCAAUACUUAAAACAUUAGCAAAACACAACUGAAUGUUUAUUUAACAAUUUACUCUAAAAUCAUAAGGAUAAUUAUUAAUAAUACUAUAGAUAACUAGCAUUGUAAGGAACAAUUAAUUUUCCGGGUUGGAUUAUAAAUCUUUCUUUUUCUUUUUUUUUUCCAAAACUCUGCUUCAAGAAUUCACAACCUUUCUUAUAUCCACAAUGGAAAGCAAUCCCAGGGUUUAUUUAAGCACUGCUCAAACUUUAAACAUAAGAGUAGAUAAAUGAAAUCAAUAGUAUUUAAGCCUCACAGAACACAAUAGAUCUAUUUUAUAGACUAUUUUAGACUAUGUCUGAAUUCAAUACUGUCCUCUCAACACAGUUUAGUAAUAAUGAGAGAAUGGCUAUUUUCUUUUUCUUUUCUUUUUUAAAGAAAUUCAUAAUGUGAGUUAUUUCAUGUUCCACAAAACCUUCCAUCCCAAUCAUAUGCUGCUGACCUGUCAUUUUUAUUUGCUGUUGCUUGAUCCCAUGAUACCCAUGGUUGUUGUGUUGUUCACUAUGCAAGGAUCAGAUAACAGAUGUUGGCACUUUUUACAUGAUCUGAUUUUCUCAUCCAAUUACUUCCUUCAAAAAUUAUCAGAUUAAUACCAGAUUAGACUCCAGGUUUGGGUCUACCUGUGCCAUGUUUAAGUGCGAGAAGCCUCACUUAAGAGACAGCGAUGGAGGCACAGAUUAAAUAGAAAAGAACACUUGCGCUAAACCCAAUCCACGAUUCCUAGAAGAGUAGGCACGUUAGAGCAGUCAGAUGCAUCCCUCAAGGCCAGGAUGGGAGGGAGGGAGAGGUUGUUCAGCUCAAAGCUGAAGGUCAGAUGCUCCACAAAGUCUCCUCCCUCUUCAGCCCCCCGCCCCCUCCUUUUCUGAUGGAAUUCAGAGAUGAAGUCCAUUCGUGGGAGUGAUGGGAGCGGAGUGACUUCUCAUCUUCUUGAACCUGGGCACAAAUCGAAGGACGACCUCGAGGGUGGGAAAUAGGGAGACCCAGACAGCGCUACCUCGGCUAAAGGUGCUGGGAUAUUAGCCGUUCCCUCGCCUGCUUCCUCGCCCGGCUCUUCCUUGAUUCCUAGGUUUGAUGCUGCAAGGCGUGUCCGGGGCUCUGCUCAUGUGAUAGAGCAGGAGGGAGAGGCGGGCGGGGGACCAGGGAGGAGGUAGUUUUGUUGGCUUUUUUUUUUUUUAAAGGAGUUUGCAGAAACCUCCUGGGUUGCUUCAGUCGCAGCCUGACGGCUUUCCCGAGCAGCUGAAGUUAAGGAGCCGAAGAGCGCAGCUGCCUGGACAGCUCUAUUAUUGCUAUCGCUUAUUUCUUUUUUGGUUGAAAAGCGUCGCUUCCCGCGCCCCCCCCCCCCACGAUCCCGAGGUGUUGGAGAAACGGACGCCGGAGAGAGAGCAUGGGAGCGGGGAGCUCUACGGAACCGCAGAGCCCGCAGGAUGAGACCACUGCAGCAGGAGAUUCCCAGCCCGAGAGUCUGGGAGGGCGGACGCCAACGGAAGGAGUGGCCGAGGCUGAGGAGCCGGAGGAUCCCUCCAAGAUUUUACAUAAAAAUGGACAGAUAUCCAGCAUUAAUGAAAUUACCAAAGAGCAUAUGGAGCUCAGCCAGGAACCAGAAGUGCUGAAAGAACAGCAGGCAGUUCAUACAGAAGAAGUUGGUGAAACAAAGGCUGCAGAUUUAAUUCUGGAAGAGGAAUCUACUGAAGAUAUCAAGACCAGCCCAGAGGAAUUAAAUGCCAAAUUAAAUGAAGAUGAGGUACAGAAAGACACAGAAGAUGCUGAUAAACAGCUGGCAUCAGAAGAAAAAGAAGAUCAGCCUGGUGUAUCUCCAUCAAAUGAUGUUGGAUUUAAAAAGGUUUUUAAAUUAGUUGGAUUCAAAUUUACAGUUAAAAAGGAUAAAACAGAGAAAGCUGAACCUGUUCAGCUAUUGGAUGUAAAGCCAGAGGUUGCAGAAGGGUCAAGUGACGUAGUUGGAGACUAUAAACAACUCAUGACAGAGACAGUGGGAGAAGCCACACAAAGUGAAAUCACUGCCUCUGUAGACAAGACUGAGGAAGAAACUCAGGCUGAGGAGAUGAAAGGAGAAACCUCUGAGAAAGUAACAGAAAGCCCUGUGGAAGCAGAAAGCAAAGAGGCAGAAAUCAAAAACAAUGGGAUUAAAUCUCCAGAUUCUCCAGUAAGCCCAUCAACUGCUGAAACUGCAUCACCUCUGAGAAAGUUUUUUACUCAGAGUUGGGCUGGGUUUAGAAAAAGGACAAGCUUCAGAAAGCCUAAAGAAGAAGUGCAAUCUGAGAAAGAAAAACAAGAACAAGAAAUGGAGAAAGAAGUGACAACAGAAGGAAUAAUUGUUGAAGAAGAAUUAGAAAAAGAAAAACUGACACCAGAAAAAGACGGGACAGAAGUUUCUUUCCAAGCCAGUGAUGAAAAGAUGGAAAGUGACAAAGAGAGAAAAGAAGAAACACUGGUCAAAGUUCCAUCAGAAACUGAUCUGAAAGAGGCUGCCACUCCCACUGAGCAACCAUCAGCAGAAGAACCGGCUGAAAAUAUAAAUAAAGAAAUAUCUUUUGAAGCCAGUGAUGAAAAAAUGGAAGGCGAGAAAGAGAGAAAAGAAGAAACAAAAAUGGUCGAAGUUCCAUCAGAAACCGAUCUGAAAGAGGCUGCUACUCCCAGUGAGCAACCAUCAAUAGAAGAACUGGCUGAACAUAUAAAUAAAGACAUUUCUUUUGAAGCCAGUGAUGAAAAAAUAGAAAGAGAGAAAGAAAGAAAAGAAGAAACAAAAAUGGUAGAAGUUUCAUCAGAAGCCAAUCUGAAAGAAGUUACUACUCCCAGGGAGCAGCCACCAGCAGAAGAACUGGGUGAAAAUAUAAAAGAAAUGGAUAUAAUCUUGGAAGGGGAGAUUGACUUGGAGUCCAAGGAAAAAUUGGAACAAGUGCAAAAAAGUUUAGUGGGCAUAGAGCAAAGUACUGUUGCAUUGCAUGAAUCAAAAACAGAACUGUUAAAUGAAGUAUUUGAAGAAAAAAUAAACCAUUUGGAUUCACUGUCUCCAGUAGCAGUAGAAAAGCCCGAGGAACCUUUUGAAAUAAUAGAAGAAAAAUCAGAACCAAAGGCUCCUUUGGCCACAGAGAUUUUUGAUGAAAAACCUAGAGAGAUAAAUAUUGAUGUUACAGCUGUUGUGACAGAAGAAGAACCCCAAAUAACUAAAAAAGAACAACUAGUCCUUGAACAGUUAGUGGAAACAAAGGAUGACUUUCAGAAAGAACAACAGUUAAAAGUCACAGAAACAGUUCUUGAAAUAGCGAAGGAACACUUCAUCCCAACCGAUCCAAGCAGUCUUGAUACAGCAGCAGGCAAGCCUCCGGAAGGCAUAGUAACAAGUGAGGUAGAAUUGCUGUCAUCUCAAGAAAAAAACAAGAUGCAAGGCAGCCCUUUAAAAAAACUUUUCACGGGUCCUGGCUUAAAGAAAUUGUCGAGAAAGAAACGUAAAGGAAAGAAAGAAGCUAAACCAGGGGAAGCAGCAGAAGAAGCACAGCAGUUGUCUGAUACUGCAGAAAGUCCAGAUGACCCAAGGGGAGAGAGUUCUGCUUCUUCUCCUGAAGAAAUAACAGAAUCCAUAGAAAAGGCUUCCGAUGCUGUACAGAUUUCUGAAGCUGAAGAAGGGGUUCCUUCAGAUGCAGAGAAGAAAAGUGUUACCCCUUGGGCAUCUUUUAAAAAAAUGGUGACUCCUAAGAAACGGGUUAGGAGACUUUCUGAAGGUGACAGAGAAGAAGAACUUGGUAAGACAACCGAAAGUGCACCUAACGAUGAACAGGAAGAUAUUAAAGAAAAUGGUGAGGAACAAAAAAUAGAAAAAAGUGCAGAUGAGCCCAAGAAAAAAGUUGAUACUUCUGUAUCAUGGGAAGCUUUAAUCUGUGUAGGCUCAUCAAAGAGAAGAAGCAGAAAAUCUUCCUCUUCUGAUGAAGAAGCCGGACAAAGACUUCCUCAAGAUGAACAAAAAUUAGAUGAGAAUGGACCAAAUAAAGAAGCAGUGCACGACAACACCAUCUUUACUAAUAACUCACAUGAAAGUGAUCAGGGACAAGGAAGUUCUUCACCAGAACAAGCAGGAAGCCCAUCUGAAACAGAGGGAAUUUCAACAUGGGAAUCUUUUAAAAGACUAGUAACUCCAAGAAGAAAAUCUAAAACAAGAAUGGAAGAGAAAAAUGAUGAGCCCAUCACAGUUCCAUGUUUAGAACAAGCUACCUUAGAUGGGGAUACUGGAAAAGAAGAAUCCUGGGUUUCAUUUAAAAAAUUAAUGCCUGGUCGUAGGAAGAAAAAGUCUGAUGGAAUACCAGAACAUGCUCCUGUUCUAGAAGCUGGAGAAGAAAUGACAGGAACAAAUGAGGAGGACUUUGAUGUUCCAGCUGUGGUUCCUUUAUCAGAGUAUGAUGCUGCUGAGCAAGAGAAAUUUGAAGCUCAAAAAGCAAGGCAAGAUGAUAUGGAUAAGGAAAUUCCAAGUCAAAAUAUAGAAAAGUCAGAACACACAUCAAUAAUUCAGCAGGUCAGUGAAGGAUUAGUUCAUGCAGUUACUGUCUCAGUGCUAGAAGGUGAGAGAGCAAUUAUAAGUAUUGAAGAAAGAUCACCAUCUUGGAUACCAGCUGCUGUGACCGAGUCCACUGAACAUGUGAAGGAUGAUGAGGAACAGGCUGAGCAGAUUUCUGGAAGUGGAAUUGUUGAGGAAACAGUAGCAGUAACUGAACUUGUGCCACAAAUGAGAAAGGAUAUUAGUGGUGAUAGUAUAAUUGGGGACCUGGAGUUAACCUCGGAAGCAGUUACAGCUCGGGAAGAAGCUUCAGUCAUUGAAAAGACAACUGAAAUGUCUUGUGCUAAAGAAACAACUGAAAUCUCUUGUGCUGAAGAGACAACUGAAAUGAUUUCAGCAGUUUCAAGGCUAACUGAGUCUCCCGAUACUACAGAAAUAGCUACACCAGUGCAGGAGAUCGAGGAAAAUGAGCAAGACCUGGAAGAAUUAAAUAAAGAAACGCAGGAAAUGUUGCAAAUCGUUGCUGAAAGAAUUAAAUUGUCUGAUGAAGAGGGGAGUAGAGGGAGUCUAACAGAAGUAACCAUUCAACCAAUGUCAGCUGAAGAAGAAAUUGAGCAGAAGCUGAUGACUUCAGAAGGAAUCCCUUCCACUGAAUUUCCAAAAGAUGUUCAGCUUGAAACAAUGGAGUCUCGGGCUUACAAAAUUGUGCAGAUAACAAUCCAGAAUGCAGUUGCCCAAUGUCAGCAAAAGUUCAUGGUUCUUUCAAAGCAGAAGGGUGAAACUGCAGUUCUGUACCCUGAUCCUGAAAAAGUGGCAUUUCCAGAGAAAAUAGAUCAGAUGCUAAAAGAAUCAGCAGGAAGAUGUACCAGAGAAGGUGCACUCCAGAUAGGUGCAUCUGGAUCCCCUCCAGAAAUGGAGCUGCCAAAAUCUUCCUCUGAUGAAGAAAUUGAGGAAAAGGUGAUGAUCUCACAAGGAAUCCCCUCUACUGAAUUUCCAAAAGAGGUUCAGCCUGAAACAAUAGUGUCUCAGGCUUACAAAAUUGUGCAGAUAAUAAUAGAGAAUGCAUUUGCUCAGUUUCAUCAAGAGUCCAUGGCUCUUUUAAAGCAGAGGAGUGAAACUGCAGUUCUGGGUCCUGACUUGGACGCAAAGGCAUUUUCAGAGAAAAUAGAUGCACUACUAGAAGAAUCAGCAGGAAGAUGCACCAGAGAAGGUGCGCUCCAGAUGGGUGCAUCUGGAUCUCCUUCAGAAAUGGAGCCGCCAAAAUCUUCAUCUGAUGAAGAAAUUGAGCACAAGGUGAUUACUUCAGAAGGAAUUUCCUCUGUUGACUUUCCAAAAGAUGUUCAACCUGAAACAACAGAGUCUCAGGCUUACAAAGUUGCACAGAUAAUAAUUGAGAAUGCAGUUGCUCAAUUUCAACAGGAGGCCACGGUUCUUUUAAAACAGAAGAGUGAAAUUGCAGAUUUGUAUCCUGAUCCUGAUAAAGUGGCAUUUUCUGAGAAAUUAGAUUCAGUACUAGAAGAAUCACCAGGGAAGUGCAUUAGAGAAGGUACACUCCAGAUGGGUACAUCUGUAUCCCCUUCAGAAAUGGAGCUGCCAAAAUCUUCCUCUGAUGAAGACAGUGAGCAAAAGCUGAUGACUUCAGAAGGAAUCCCCUCUACUGACUUUCCAAAAGAUGUUCAACCUGAAACAACAGAGGGUCUGGCUUACAAAAUUGCACAGAUAAUAAUCCAAAAUGUAGUUGCUCGAUUUCAACAAGAGUCUAUGAUUCUUUCAAAGCAAAAGAGUGAAGCUGCAGUUCUGUAUCCUGAUCCUGAUAAACUGGCAUUUUCAGAGAAAAUAGAUUCAGUACUAGAAAAAGGGAAAUGCAUCAGAGAAGGUGCACUCCAGAUGGGUGCAUCUGGAUCCCUUCCAGAAAUGGAGUUGACAGCACCUUCAGCUGAUGAAAAAACUGAGCAAAAGGUGAUAACUUCAGAAGGAAUCCCCUCUACUGAAUGUCCAAAAGAUGAUCAGCCUGAAACAAUAGAAUCUCAGAGUUUAAAAAUUGCGCAGAAAAUGAGUGCAGUUAAUCAGUUUCAACAAGAAUCCAUGGCUCUUUCGAAGCAGAAGAGUGAAACUGAAGUUCUGUACCCUGAUCCUGAUAAAGUGUCAUUUUCUGAGAAAAUAGAUUCAGUGCUAGAAGAAUCACCAGGAAAAUGCACCGUGGGUGCAUCAGGAUCCCUUCCAAAAAUGGAGUUGCCAACAUCUUCAUUUGAUGAAGAAACUGAGCAAAAGGUGAUAAUGACUUCAGAAGGAAUACCCUCUGCUGAAUUUCCAGAAGAAUCAGAAAGAAGAUGCACCAGAGAAGGUGCAUUCCAGACAGGGACAUUUGGAUCCCUUCCAGAAAUGGAGAUGCCAACAUCUUCAUCUAAGGAAGAAGCUGAGCAAAAGGUGAUGACUUUAGAAGGAGUCCCGACAUCUACUGACUUUCCAAAAGAUGUUCAGCCUGAAACAACAGAGCCUCAGGCUUACAAAAUUGUGCAGAAGAUAAUCCACUAUGCAGUUGCUCAAUUACAACAAGAAUCCAUGGCUCUUGCAAAGCAGAAGAGUGAAACUGCAGUUCUGUAUCCUGAUCCUGAUAAACUGGCAUUUUCAGAAAAAAUAGAUUCAGUACCAGAAGAAUCAGCAGGCAAAUGCACCAGAGAAAGUCUACUUCAGAUAGGUGCAUCUGGAUUACAUCCAGAAAUGAAGUUGCCAACAUCUUCAGCUGAUGAAGAAACUGUGAUUAAUUCAGAGGGAAUCCCUUCUACGGAAUUUCCAAAAGAGGUUCAGUCUGAAACAACAGAGUCUCAGGCUUACAAAAUUGCGCAGAUAAUAAUCCAAAAUGUAGUUGCUCAGUUUCAACAAGAGUCCAUGGCUCUUUCGAAGCAGAAGAGUGAAACUGCAGUUCUGUGUCCUGAUCUUGAUGCAGUGGCAUUUUCAGAUAAAAUAGACUCAGAGCUAGAAGAACAAUCACCAAGGAAAUGCACCAGAGAAGGUGCACUCCAGAUGGGUGCAUCUGGAUCCCCUCCAGAAAUGGAAUUGCCAAAAUCUUUACCUGAUGAAGAAACUGAGGUAAAGGUGAUGACUUCAGCAGAAAUCCCCUCUACUGAAUUUCCAAAAAGUGCUCAUUCUGAAGCAAUAGAAUCUCAGGCUUAUAAAAUUGUGCAGACAAUAAUACAGAAUGCAGUCGCUCAGUUUCAACAAGAGUCCAUGGCUCUUUCAAAGCAGAAGUGUAUUACUGUCGUUAUGUACCCUGAUCCUGAUGCAAUGGCAUUUUCAGAGAAAAUAGAUUCAAUGCUAGAAGGAGCAUCAGGAAGAUGCACCAGAGAAAGUGCACUCCAAAUGGGCAUAUCUGGAUCCCCUUCAGAAAUGGAGUUGCCAACAUCUUCAGUUGAUGAAGAAACUGAGGAAAAGAUGAUGACUUCAGCAGGAAUUCAUUCUACUGAAUUUUGGAAAGAUAUUCUGCCUGAAACAAUAGAGUCUCGGGCUUAUAAAAUUGUGCAGAUAAUAAUAGAGAAUGCAGUUGCGCAGUUUAAACAAGAGUCCAUGGCUCUUUCAAAGCAGAAGAGUGAAACUGCAGUUCUGUAUCCUGAUCCUGGUAAAGUGGCAUUUUCAGAGAAAAUAGAUCCAGUACUAGAAGAAUCAGCAGGAAGAUGCACCAGAGAAGAUUCACUCCAGACAGGUGCAUCGGGAUCCCCUCCAGAAACAAAGCUGCAAAAAUCUUCAUCUGAAGAAAAAACUAAGGAAGAUGUGAUAGCUUCAGAAGACAUCCCCUCUACUGAAUUUCCAGAAGAAUCAGGAGGAAGAUGCACCAGAGAAGGUGCAUUCCUUAUGGGUACAUCUGGAUCCCCUCCAGAAAUGGAACUACCAAAAUCUUCAUCUGAAGAAAAGGCUAUAACUUCAGAAGGCAUCCCUUCUACUGAAUUUCUAGAAGAAUCAGAAGGAAGAUUCACCAGAGAAGGUGUACUCCAGAUGGAUACAUCUGGAUGCCCUCCAGAAAUGGAGCUGCCAAAAUCUUCAUCUGAAGAAGAAACCAAGGAAAAAGUGAUGACUUCAGGAGGCAUUCCCUCUACCGAAUUUUCAGAAUCAGCAGAAAGAUGCACCAAAGAAGAUGCACUCCAGACGGAUACAUCUGGAGGCCCUCCAGAAAUGGAGCUGCCAAAAUUUUCAUCUGAAGAAGAAACUGAGGAAAAAGUGAUGACUUCAGAAGGCAUUCCCUCUACCGAAUUUUCAGAAUCAGCAGAAAGAUGCACCAAAGAAGAUGCACUCCAGACGGAUACAUCUGGAGGCCCUCCAGAAAUGGAGCUGCCAAAAUCUUCAUCUGAAGAAGAAACUGAGGAAAAAGUGAUGACUUCAGAAGGCAUCUCUACUGAAUUUUCAGAAGAAUCAGCAGAAAGAUGCACCAAAAAAGAUGCACUCCAGAUGGGUACAUCUGGAUCACCUCCACAAAUAGAGCUACCAAAAUCUUCAUCUGAAGAAAAAACCAAGGAAAAAGUGAUGACUUCAGAAGGCAUCCCCUCUACUAAAUUUUCAGAAUCAGCAGAACGAUGCACCAAAGAAGAUGCACUCCAGACGGAUACAUCUGGAGGCCCUCCAGAAAUGGAGCUGCCAAAAUCUUCAUCUGAAGAAGAAACUGAGGAAAAAGUGAUGACUUCAGAAGGCAUCUCCUCUACUAAAUUUUCAGAAGAAUCAGCAGAAAGAUGCACCAAAAAAGAUGCACUCCAGAUGGGUACAUCUGGAUCCCCUCCACAAAUAGAGCUACCAAAAUAUUCAUCAGAAGAAGAAACUGAGGAAACGGUGAUGUUGACUUCAGAAGGCAUUCCCUCUACUGAAUUUCCAGAAGAAUCAGCAGGAAGAUGCACCAGAGAAGAUUCACUCCAGACAGGUAAAGCUGGAUCCCCUCCAGAAAUGGAGAUGCCAACAUCUUCAUCUCAGGACAAAGUUGAGCAAAAGGCGGUGAUUUCAGGAGUCUCAACUUCUACUGAAUUUUCAAAAGACGUUCAGUUUGAAACAAUGGAGUCUCAGAGUUACAAAAUUGUGCAGAAAAUGAGUGCAGUUGCUCAAUUUCAACAAACACAGGAGGCCAUUUCUCCUUUAAAGCAGAAGAGUGAAUUAUGUUUAAUGAGUUUUAAUGAGUUUGGAAUUCAGGAAGUUAUACAAGUUGAUCAGCAAGUUUCUAUGGCAGAAGAGAAAAAUCAUGAAAUUCAACCAACAACUGUAAAUGCAGAGACAGAUGAAGCCAUUGAAGUAGCAAAAGAAAUGUCUUCAUGUUCUACAGUAUCUGAAGAUAUAGAAAAUUGGAAUUCCAGAAAGAGAGAUGUUGAUCUUGAAACCGUGAAAGAGAUUGUAAAUGAAACAGAAAAUAAGAAAUAUGAUUCAAAACCUCAAUUAAAAGUGGAUGUAGUUCUUUCAACAGAGACUCAAAACAUCAUGCUAGGAAGUAUUGUCUCAGGAGAUCAUCCAGUAGGAUUUCUUGAAACUGAACAAUCAACAAUAAAAGAUUUAGAAGUUGGGGCAAUAGAUGAAAAUCAAGAAAAAUUAAUAGAACAUCAGACUCAGAAGACGAGAAAAGAAGAUUACAGCCAAUUGACAGAAUUUCCUGAGAUGCCUAAAGAGGAAGAUACCACAUCUGGUGACAGUCCUCAGCUUCAUACAAAACUCAGAAAAUUUUGAGGUUUUAUUUCUGCUGAAGACUGCUUCUUACAUUUGGAGGGACCAGUAUCUGGAGAAAGAAACAGAGAGGAUGGAUUCUGCUUAAACAGGCUGAGGAUCAAUGAUUUUGCUGUGAAAACAUGUCCAUGCUUUCAAAUGUUUUUCUGAGGAAGUCACCUGACAAUCCUGAGCCACCAUCAGGAGCUUGAGCCACCUCCUUUAGUUUUGAUUGUGAAUACUUCCUUUCACAAUAUUCUUUUACCUUUAUUUUUGUUAUUGAUAAAGAGAUUGGGGUGGGAUAUUGAAUGGGGGCAGGAAGUAUUUCUGUGGAAGUAUGUCAGUCUCUUUAUCUGGAAAGGAAGUUGGCGUCUUUUGAGAUUCCCUUUUUACCAAUGCUUCUCAAACUGGAUAGUAAUUGUUUGUGUAUUUAUGUUUCCUCUUCUUUCUCCGUAAAAAAUGGAAAGAAAAUUAUCUCACUUGUUUGGGCCAAGAGGUAUUAUGAGUGACCCAUCACUAACAUAGAUGGCUCCAACCAACUUAACAUUGGUUUCCCAUUUGCUUGGAGGAGAAUAAAUCUUUUAUGAUAUAUUUGCUAUUGCUUUCAGAAAGGUCAUUGCCAAACAAUACAACUUCUCUUGAUCUGUUAGUAAAUUGUAAAUCUAAUUCAUAGAUUCAUGAACAGUGAGAUAUACUGUGAUUUCUUUAAAGUAAUUUAAAAAAAGAUUUGGCUUACAUUUAUAUUUGCAUUCAUAUUCAGAAUAAAUCCAUUAUAAGAAGAGUUAGGAUGUCUGGAAUAAAUGCGCUCAACUCAUAAUGCAAGGUCACAAUAAGUUGCGCAUACAAAAUGGGAAGACUUCAAAUGAUCAUUACAAUAUUCUUUCAGAAUUUGAUCUUCUAAUCACCAAGUUGUUUAGCCAAUCAAAUUAAAUUGCACUUUGUAGUCUUCAUAUCUACCCAACGGAGCUUUUUCCAAGGCCUAGCAGGCUCAUUGUCCUACCUGUAUUAUAUUUUAUUUGAAAUGUACCCAGGAGCCUAUAAAUACAUACUUUUAAGAGCUGCACAAUGGAAAAUAAAAUGGAAAGAUCAUUGAUACGACUGCACCAUCUAGUGGCGGCUAAAUACAUUUUAUAACUUAGAAUAAAUAAAUUUCCGCUAAUAAUACUACUUUUAUUCAGCUAAAAUACGGAAUGGCAAAUAUUUCAUACAGUUGAUUCUACAUAAUAUCUGGAAUAGCUAUAAAAGGCAAAUAUGACAAAUAAUAAUAUGCAAUCCUGUACAUGCAUUGUGACAUUGCAGUGGGCUGUUUUGUGCAAGUUAAUAGUAAAAGAUGUUACUCCUUUUGUACAAAAAGAAAAAAUCACUUAUACUAAGGUGAGUAGGUAUCUUUGAUUUUUUUUUAAAAAAAAUCAUCUACUAGAUCUGUCAAUAUCAAGAUAUAAACAAUUUCUUUUUAAAUUAUAAAUGGCUGUUUCUUUUAGCACAUAUUUAAUUCAACCUUUCUAUUUUAGUGAUUAUCUUCAUUGAUACAGGAACGGAGUGGAAUCCAGGUACCCAAAGAUCAUUUUGGUGUAAGGAAAUCUUUUGCACCUUUCUCAGUUUUAAAUGUAUCAGUCAGGGAAGACACAAGGGAUAAUAAGCCCUGUCUGCUCAUCAGAAACGAUUAAGUGGCGCCAAAGGCAAGAAGAAGCCAUAGCAGCAGUGAGUAGUUUCUCCCUGGCCAGAAUGGCAAUCAUAACUUAAAUCAGCCAAUCAGUAUCCAUCUAGAAAUUCAAUUUGAUCUCUUUGCUUCCACAAGUAAUAUUGGAGUAAUGGAAAAGUCUGAUCUUUCCAUCACACUGACCUCAUCAAAAUACUUAAAAAUUGUCAAUCUGUUCAAGUAUGUCCCAAUAAAAAGUAGUUUUUUCAUUCCAAUAUGUGUACACUUUUCACAUCUAAACAAUGAACACUUGCAUAUGCUGCUACCGGUUGGUAUGUGCUCUUUCUUAGACAGGACAGAAGAGCAUAAUGAAACAAUUUCUUCACUCCAGUUGAAUGGUAUUUCAUAAAGUUAAUUUUAUCUUUCAAAACCAAUGAAUAAGUUAACCUACAGGCUCCUUUUUCUGAAAGUUAAUAGUAUAGAUUACACACGUCUAUUUCCUUCUGGACCUCUGCCUUGUCCCACAAUUCCUUAGUGUGAUAAAAUAGGUAAGAAAAUUUAAUUUACUUGAAGAUGGAAACAAGGAGGUAUUGUUGCUCUCUCAAUUAGAUAGUCUAUUUAGUAGCUUAUAAUAUUUAAAAUGUUCAUUAAUAGGUGUCCCAAAAUUAAUUAGUGUAUUCUUUAUUAUAUCAUCUUCCCUUGCUACAAAUUUUGUUCUGGGUGCAAAAUACUAGCUUUGUCACUUUCAUUAGUUCUUUUAUUAAAUACAAUCUUGUGGUAUUUCAUAAAGUUAAUUUUUAUCUUUCAAAAGCCAGUGAAUAAGUUAACCUAUAGUUCCUUAGAACAUUUCCUUUCUGAAAGUUGAUAGUAUAGAUUACACAAAUGUAUUUAUUAUUAAGAAAUAUAGCUCUAUUUAAUUUCAAUAAAAAUUAAAAUAUAAAACUACAAUCACUACAUACAAGUCACUAUUUAGCAUUUUUUUCUUCAGGCAGACAUUUUUCUUGGGGAACAAGGGUCCUCUACAUCAUCUAAAAGGAGAGGCAGAGCCAGCAAUGUGACUCAUCUGCCUUUAUUUCUGUGUUGUAUCUUUUUCAAUAGAUCUGCUGAAAUUAGAAUAUACAGUAUAUUUCUGGAAUUUAUUCUUGCCUGACUAAUUUUCUUUAUGUGAUCCACAAAAGGUUUAUUAUGUACAGCCCACUUCAAAAUAAGAUUUGUUUUAGUGCCACUUUAAUUUUAUAGCACCCGUUUAACAGCUAAUGGGAAACCAAUUAUUUAAACAAACUAUAAUCUGCUUAUGAAAAGCCAUAUUGCAGCAAGUGAAAUAACAAUACAAAAUACAGUGGUGGCAUGACCUAUGUAAUCCUGGAUUUUACCUUUAUAUCUCCCUUUAUAGCUCUAAGGUUGUUAAUAGUUGUGUAAAGUUAAACAUUUAAAUAAAAUCUGGUAAUAACAAUGUAAAUAGUUAUUGACUAGAAGUUGAGGAACAAGUGCUUGAUUGGGAAGUUUUUUUUUAAGAUACUAUGGCCUUUCUAAGCGAUGCCAAGAGCAUAAAUCAUAUAACUAGUCAUUUUUCUUGCAACUGAUGGUCUCAAUACAAAAAAUAAGGCACCCAAACAAUUUUUGUCAUGGUACAGGGAGCAUGUCUCCAUUCACAGAUAUUGCUUUGAUACAGCGUGUUGCUUUGGCCUCAAAAAUACUUCAGACAAUCCUGCAAAUUGUAGCUUGUGCCUCAACUCCAAGCUUUUGCAGUUUCUUCUAAUUGAUUGUAUUGGAUUAUAUUUUGAUUUUCUAUGUUGUUUUUAAGGUAGAUUUUCAUGGAUUAAAUAAAAUUCAAAUAAUUCA